CCUCCCGAUGAAAUAUCGCGGAGGUAAAUCUAAGAAAGGUGGAGACUUCGGGAUAACUUCCUGCACAGUACUCUCAAGAAUCAUACCUCAUACUUAAAACAACAGGCCGACAUCAAAACCAAGUCGAAUGGAUUAGUAGCGCAAAUAAACUCGUUAACAAGCACUUCACCCUCACGAUUCCACGCAUAAGUAGGAUUUACCGCUAGCAUCCAGCCUGCUAGCUAACAUCAGCUACCAGGACGGCAGAUUGUACACAUCAGAUCAAGACGGUUUCGUAUCGAAGGACAGUAUGGAUGCUCCCAAAAGAAUUCCCCAGAAUAUGCGGGCUGUACAGGGAAUUUCGUUUGAUGAUUACAACUGUCACAUACCUGUUUGUAGAAAUACUGUGCACGGACAUAACCAGACAAGUUGAGGUGGUGGUGGAGUAUGAGUAUGAAGCCGCCCACGAAGAUGAGUUGACCCUCAGGCUUGGAGAUGUGAUCAAAAACGUGCGACGAAUUGAGGAAGAGGGAUGGAUGGAAGGAGACCUCAACGGGAAACGAGGCGUUUUCCCGGACAACUUUGUAAAGGAGGUGAAAAAAGAUGAGCCAAAGUCCAAAGAGGAGUCAAAGGAGGCUAAAGAAAAGGAAGUGAAAGAUGAGACUCCGAUACAGCGGCGAGCAUCAGGGAAUGUGGCGAGCCUGGUACAGAGGAUCAGUACCUAUGGCAUCCCAGCAGGAGGAAUUGGCUUGCCACCCCAAUCUCAACCCCGUGCCUUAAAAAAGAAGCUCAAGAAGCGUCAGUGCAAAGUCCUUUUUGAAUAUGUUCCUCAGAAUGAAGACGAGCUGGAACUGAAGGUUGGAGAUAUCAUUUACAUCACUGAAGAGGUUGAGGAGGGCUGGUGGAGCGGAAGCAUGAAUGGGAAGUCUGGACUCUUUCCUUCCAACUUUGUCAAAGAAAUGGAAUCAACUGAAGACACAGAGACGAGCGAUAUAACAGACGAGCCAGAUAGCAGAGAUGGAGCGACUAGCCCCACGUCCCCUCACCAAGGCAACGGGGUCAUGGCCCAACCGAAGAAGAUUAAGGGCAUCGGCUUUGGCAACAUAUUUAGAGAGGGAUCUGUAAAACUCAGAACCUCUCAACGAUUACCACCUGAAAAUGAGGAAAAGAAAGAAAAACCAAUCCCAUCAUUACCAUCUGCCACAAAACCCACCCCUUUGAGCACUCCUGAACCCCCUAAAGGAGAAAAAGAGGCAGAGAGCAAAGGAAAAGUAAAAGAAUACUGUAAGGCCACAUUCCACUAUGAAGCAACUAACCAAGAUGAGCUGGAUUUAAAGGAGGGUGACAUCAUCCACGUACUGAGCAAGGACACAGGAGAGCCAGGCUGGUGGAGAGGAGAGAUCAACGGCAGAGAGGGAGUUUUCCCAGACAACUUUGUAGCUCUGCUUCCUGAGACAGACAAAGAGACACUCACAUCCAAAGGCUCCGUUAAAGCGUCUCCUAAACAGGAACCAGAGGAGAAGCCAAAGAAGCCUCCACCACCAUCCAAAACCCCAGUCCUAAAACCAGAGGCCCCCAGUGUGGACAAGAAGCAACCACAGUCACGGCCUGAAGAUAAAGUUGUCAAGCCCUUGCCUGAGAAACCCGCCAAACCUGCUGGCCCCAUCGUGCCCCCGAAAAAACCUGUGCCUCCAAGCAAGGGACUGCUACGUCCUUCCAUCCACACAAAACGACCUGACUUGCCUCUCAUUCCAUUACCAGCCGCCAAGCAAGUGCAAAAUGGAGAAGUUCCCCUUAUACGAACAAAGCCAGAGAGCGAACCUGUACCCAUCAAGCCAAAAACUGUUGUGGACAGCGGUGAGAAGAAUUCAGAAACAGUUAAUCUCAUCAGUUUUGACGAUGUCUCCUCUGCCUCGGAGAAGUUAACCCACCCUACCGCACAGCGACCAAAGAUGCCUGGCAAAAGACCUCCUGGUCACAGAGGCCACUCCCCGAGCAAUGAAAUUGCUGAGAAAGCUGAGAAAGUGGAUGAAGUUGACUCUGCAUCUUCCACACAGAAUUCGUUCAAGACAUCUGUCUCAUCAUCCUUACCAUCUACGGUGCCUAAAACAGUUUUAGCAACCCAUAUCACCCCUGAGCCCAAACCAAAACCUGACAAGGAAGAGGAGAAAGGAUCUGAACUGGAGGAACUGAAGGCUCAGAUAAAGGACCUAGUGCUGUCUAUAGAGUUACUGAAGGCACAACAGUCGAGAGAGCUCAGUGAACUCCGAAAAGAGCUGGAUAAUGAACGACUCAAACGAGUGGCCCUGCAGAUGGAGAUAGAAAAACUGAAGAAGAUUGUACAAUCAACAUGAAAUCUGGCAUCCUGAACUGGACUGAUGGCUUCGCUGAUGCAUCACGAGUGGAAAGCGACCUUCAGAUGGAGGGUCGGAUAUCGUUCAUGUCGUCUUUACACUCACUGACUUACUCCACAAAUUGUAAGAUUCAAAUAUUUGCACAUGAUGAGUUUUUUUCUAGGUUUAGAAAAGUAUAAUUAUGACAUAUGUAUAUGUUUGUUUUCCUCUUUUUAUUUUAUUUUUUAUUUUUUUGCCAACAAAAAUGAUUGAAGCCUUACUUUACUACUGUGCUGGAUAUGCAGUCUGUGCACUUAUUGAGAAGUGCAGUGGAUUAUCCAUUCAAUACUACUGAGUCUGUAUAAAUGUUGGAUUAUGUUAUUUCCUUGCUUUUUUAUGACAUGGGUUAGUUUUUUAAAAAACUAUUAUGAUCUCAGCAAUAUUCUGUCUAUAUUAGCCUCUUUGGAUGAUUAUCAAAUGUAUGGCAUACUCUUGUUUCCAUAGUGAUGAUGUAUUCUGUUUGUUUGUUCAAAAGGGAGAACAUUUCUUUUUGUUUUUCUCUAACAUUCCUAUCCAGGGUAACACUAUUGUGCCUGUUAAGAUUUUUACAAGUGUUAAUACUGGGAGCUCUCAUACUAUAUAAAUAUAAAUAUAAAAAAUAUAUACAUACAUACACAUAUAUAUUAUAUAUAAUGUAUGUAUGUGUGUGUAUACUUAGAUCUACAGCACAAUAUAUUUUUAUGGUCUAUUGAUUGUGACGUCAUAAAGAAAAGGUUUGUGUGUCUCUGUUUGGUUUAAAACAUUCACACUUCCCUACAAACGAAAAUUGGUAGCAGUGCCAUUUCCCCAUAUGAAUGGCAAGAAAUCCAUUUAGCAAUUUAAGCUGCAAUUUAAUAGCACAGAUUGCCAGUUGUUUUGUUCUGCAGUUCCGCCCCCUUGAACGUACAAAAAUGAAACAUGGAAAUUGAAAAGAUCCGUGUGGCUUUUUCUGCACUAGCCUUUCUGAAAAUGCUUUCUUCAUGACUGGUUGGAAACAGCUGGCACGAUAAAAUACAGGUGUUAAACGGGAGGCUGGUACAGAGGGAAGUAUUUUUGUCACCACACAGUCAAAAAUGGUAGCGCGUUU